AUGCUCUCCACAGUAGCCGAUAAGAACCCUUCACUGCGUUCAGCCCUCGGUCAGCGCAAUCACGGUGUCGGCGAGUACAGCUACCUGGCCUUCGCAAUGAGGAUACCACGCGUCGCGUCGCUCUGGCGACUAUGCGUCUCUGUUUCCUUGCUUACGUCGGCGUUUGCAACCAGCUCCAUCGCUAGUAAUACGGGAUCGCCAGCUUCACAAGAAGCAGAACAACCGGUCUACGAGCCCGAGAAUCAGAAUGUCGCCAGCUCAUCUACAUCUCCCAGCACAGCCAGCUACACGGUCUCCGAAGCCAAUGUCCCCCAGGAUCUCCACUCCGCCCUGUCUACAAUGCAGGACCAGUACUUCUCUGUGUGGCUCGGCAAGUACACAACAGCGAUCGACUGGACAGCAGCCGUCAUGUCUACCUAUGUCUCGGCCACCCUAUCAUCGCUCUCGCGUUCGCUGUCCUAUACGAUGCCAGGCACGUUCGAUAAGAGCCGGAAACUGGACGUCGAGGCACAAAUGGUGGAGAACGAGAUCAACAGAUACUUUGCGCAGACCACUGCCUACUACUUUGGCGAAGAUGCCUUUGCCAUCAGAAUGCAGGCAUUCGACGACAUGCUGUGGGUAGUGUUGGGCUGGUUAGAAGCGACCACUUUCAUCGAGAGCCAUUCCGUUGGACACUACACGUCUGACAACAUUGGAGGAAAAAAAUGGCAUGCCAAUCAAUUCGUACCUGCUUUCGCACAUCGCGCCCGCGUGUUCUACGAACUAGCUGAGAAGGGAUGGGAUUGGAGACUUUGCGGGGGCGGCAUGACGUGGAAUCCUCGUCUCCUACCAUACAAGAACGCCAUUACGAACCAGCUCUUCAUCUCAGCGAGCAUCAACAUGUACUUGCAAUUUCCGGGCGACGACAACUGUUCGCCGUUCCUUUUGCAGCACGAUGAACCAGAGCUACCCAAGACCCAACUGUACGACGACUGCGACGAUGCGCACCGCGGGCGGUAUGAUCCCGUGUACCUUGCGAACGCAAUCAAUGCGUACGAGUGGCUGAAGAACGUCGGGAUGACAAACGACCAGGGGCUCUAUGUUGAUGGCUUUCACAUUGGAGGCUACCGCACAAAUCAUAGCAAGACGACGUGCGACGAGCGAAACGAAAUGGUCUACACCUACAACCAGGGUGUGCUCUUGUCUGGGCUGCGCGGGUUAUGGGAAGCUUCCGGCAACAUCUCGUAUUUGGAAGAUGGGCAUGAGCUCGUCAGGAACGUCAUACGCGCCACGGGCUGGACAAGAUCUGGAUCCCGUUCCCCAUCCUCGUCUAGCACGAACUCGCAACAGCGUCAGAGCAAGGUUUCGGAAAACAAGGAAGAGGCAUUGCCAACUGAUUGGGCAGGUCUGGGCUACAACGGUGUCCUAACAGAAUCGUGUGACCCCUCUGGACGCUGUAGUCAAGAUGGUCAAACAUUCAAGGGCAUCUUUUUCCACCAUCUAACUUCCUUCUGCAAUCCUCUUCCAUCCCGACCGACUAGACCAGGGAAAACACACGCAGCGACUCGAGAGACGGCCAUGUUACACGCGAACAGCUGUAGAGAAUACACUACCUGGGUGACACACAACGCCCAAGCCGCCCUUCAGACGCGUGAUGAAGCAGGAAGAUUCGGAUCAUGGUGGGGCGCUCCACAGACACCGUUUCCAUCCUCCUCGCACCAUCGCAAAGCAUCUGCUUCUGACGGACGCCCUUCCCUCCCACAGAACGCAACAGACUACCGUAACAUGCAUACGCAGCCCGAUGAUGGCAUGUACAUGGAAGGCGAGUUCCAGGAGCCCUCUGAGUGGUCCAUCUUCAACGAAGACGUUGAGAAUGAAAUCACAAGGAGGGGUGGGGGCGAUCUCAACGACCGUGGCCGCGGCCGCACAAUCGAGACACAAGGCAGUGGUCUUGCAGUCGUGCGAGCGAUGUGGGAGUUUUUGCGCCGAGCAGAAGGAGCAGAGACCUUCCCGGUGUGA